GGCUGCAGUCUUGGCUCUGUCUUCACAGCUCCUGGCUGCAACCACAGGCUCCAUGAGGAAGCAAGAAGUGUGGCCGGUCAGGGAGACAUCCCUGGCCUACAGUGCUGGCUCCCCAGCUGAGCAGGUGAAAGCCCUCGUGGAUCUACUUGCUGAGAAGGAUGGUCAGCUGCUGCAGGCUGCUAACAAGAUACCAGACUCCCCACUGGGGUCCCAAAGCAAUGACUCUAGGAUAAGGAGGCACUGUGAGGCCCUGCUGAGCAGGGUGGGAAACGACCCAGACCCGGGCAGCCCCUCGCAUCAGCUGGCCAGCCUCGUGCUCGUAGAGGGCCUGACGGAUCUGCAACUAAGGGAGCAUGACUUUACUCAGGUGGAGGCUACACGUGGGGUCUGGCCUGCCGCCAGGGCCAUCACCCUGGACAGGCUCUUCCUGCCUCUGUCCCGGGUGUCCAUCCCACCUCGCAUCUCUCUCACCAUCGGAGUGGCUGGUGUGGGCAAGACUACUCUGGUUAGGCAUUUCGUCCGUUGCUGGGCCAGAGGACAAGUGGGCAAGGACUUCUCAUUGGUUCUACCCUUGACCUUUCGGGAUCUUAAUACCUAUGAGAAGCUGUCUGCAGACAGACUCAUCCACUCCAUCUUCCCAGACACUGGGCAAGUCCCAGACAGAGUCCUCCUGGUCCUGGACGGCUUGGAUGAGUGCAAGACGCCCCUGGAAUUCUCCAACACGAUGGCCUGCACAGACCCGAAGAAGGAGAUCCAGGUAGACCACCUGAUCACGAACAUCAUCAGGGGAAACCUCUUCCCAGAGAUUUCUGUCUGGAUCACCUCCCGUCCUGGUGCUGCCGGUCAGAUCCCUGGAGGCCUGGUGGACCGGAUGACUGAGAUUCGGGGCCUCACUGAAGAGGAGAUCAAAGCGUGCCUGGAGCAGAUCUUUCCCGAGGACCGGAGCCUCCUGGGUCAGGUAGUGACUCAAGUGCAGGCCAAUAGGGCUCUGUAUCUGAUGUGUACCGUCCCAGCCUUCUGCAGGAUCACAGGGCUGGCCCUGGGUCACCUCUACCACACCAGGCUGGCAGUCCAAGACGCAGAGCUGCCACUGCCUCAGACCCUGUGCGAACUCUACUCGUGGUACUUUAGGAUGGCCCUUGGAGGGGAGGCGAACCGCCAGGCCAAGGUAAGUCCUAGGAUUGAGCAAGCGGCCCAGGGGGCUCGCAAGAUGGUAGGAACCUUGGGCCGCCUGGCCUUCCAUGGGCUGGUCAAGAAGAAAUAUGUGUUUUAUGAGCAAGACAUGAAGGCAUUUGGCGUGGACCUCGCUUUGUUGCAGAGCUCUCUGUGCGGCUGCCUGCUGCACCGGGAGGAGACUCUGGCCUCCUCGGUAGCUUACUCCUUCACUCACCUGUCUCUGCAAGAGUUCGUGGCAGCCACGUACUACUACAGUGCAUCCAAGAGGGCCAUCUUUGACCUCUUUACCGAGAGCGGCGUGUCCUGGCCCCGGCUGGGCUUCCUCGCUCAUUUCAGAUGUGCCGCCCAGCGGGCCACACAAGCGAAGGACGGGAGGCUGGACGUGUUUCUGCGCUUCCUCUCAGGCCUCUUGUCCCCAGGGGUCAACACUCUUCUGGCUGGCUCUCUGCUGGCAAAAGGCGAGCACCAGAGCUACCGGGCCCAGGUGGCCGAGGUCCUCCACAGCCUCCUCCAUCCCGACACUGCAAUCUGCGCACGCGCCGUCAAUGUCCUGUACUGCCUGCAUGAGCUGCGGCACACGGCGCUGGCCGGCAGUGUGGAGGAGGCCAUGCAGAGCGGAGCCCUGGCUGGGAUGACCAGCCCCGCACACCGCACCGCUCUGGCCUACCUCCUGCAGAAGUCCGAUGUCUGCUCCCCAGAGGCCAGCUUAGGCCUGUGCCUCAGCCAGAGCGUCCUCCAGAGCCUGCUGCCCCAGCUGCUCUACUGUCAGAGCCUCAGGCUGGACAACAACCAGUUCCAGGACCCUGUGAUGGAGCUGCUGGGCAGCGUGCUGAGUGGGAAGGACUGCCGCAUCCAAAGCAUCAGCCUAGCUGAGAACCAGAUUGGUAACAAAGGGGCCAGAGCUCUGGCCAGAUCCCUCCUGGUCAACAGAAGUCUUAUCAUACUAGACCUCCGGAGUAAUGCCAUUGGACCACAGGGGGCUAAGGCUCUAGCAGAUGCUCUGAAGAUAAACCGAACUCUGACCUCUCUAAGCCUCCAGAGCAACGUGAUCAAGGAUGAUGGUGUCAGGUGCAUGGCAGAGGCCCUGGUCUCCAGUCAGACUCUCUCCAUGCUACAGCUACAGAAGAACCUAAUUGGGUCUGUAGGAGCCCAGCAGAUGGCAGAUGCCCUGAAGCAGAAUAGGAGUCUGAAGGAACUCAUGUUUUCCAGUAACACCAUUGGGGAUAGAGGUGCCACGGCCUUGGCUGAGGCCCUGAAGGUGAACCAGGGUCUGGAGAGUUUGGACCUACAGAGCAGUGCCAUCAGCAACCCAGGGGCAGCAGAGCUGAUGCGGGCCCUCUGCACUAACCAGACACUCUCCCGGCUCAACCUACGAGAAAACUCCAUCAGCCCAGAGGGAGCCCAGGCCCUCGCGCAAGCUCUCCGCAUGAACAGUGCUCUGAAGUACUUGGACCUCACAGCUAAUCUCCUCCAUGACCAAGGUGGCCAGGCCGUUGCAGCAGCAGUGGGAGAAAACCACUCCCUCACACAUCUCCACCUGCAGUGGAACUUCAUCCAGGCUGGUGCAGCCAGGGCUCUGGGACAAGCACUGCAGCUGAACAGGACCUUGACAACCUUAGACUUACAGGAGAAUGCCAUUGGGGAUGAGGGAGCUUCUGCAAUGGCCGGUGCCCUGAAGGUGAACACAACCCUCAUUGCUCUCUACCUACAGGUGGCCGCCAUAAGCACCCAAGGGGCCCAGGCACUUGGGGAGGCCCUGGCUGUGAACAGAACCUUGGAGAUUCUUGACUUACGAGGAAAUGACAUUGGGGUAGCUGGAGCCAAGGCCUUGGCAAAUGCUCUGAAGUUAAAUUCCAGUCUCCGAAGACUCAAUCUGCAAGAGAACUCCCUGGGGAUGGAUGGGGCCAUAUACAUUGCCACUGCACUGUCUGAGAACCAGGCUCUGCAUCAUAUUAAUCUCCAGGGAAAUCCCAUUGGGGAAUCUGGUGCCCGGAUGAUCUCAGAGGCUAUCAAGACAAAUGCUCCAACACGCAUUGUGGAAAUGUAAGCAGAGCAAGUUCCUGGUGGGCCAUGCAGCGACUC